CUCUGUGGGGGCUUUGUACGUCUAGCCACAAAAUGCUUAUAACUAGAAAUUUCGAGAAGGCCUUAAUGGGUCUUCUGUACCAAAGUUUGGUAAAGCAGAGUAGUAAGCUUUUCUCGAGGCCCCUAAACUUUUUUUCCACUAAUGCCGGUAAAAAGGAAGAAGAGGAAGAGUUUAAGUUAGAUUCCGCAAAACCCUACGUUCAAUUCUUAAUGAAGCAACAAAAGUCCAGAAGACCUGGACUUCCAAAAAUGUUUGAGUCUUCUGAAGUUUGUCUACUCGCUGAAUCUGUUUGGGAAAAUUAUUUGAAAAAAAACUUGCAAGAAAAUUUGAAGUUACGCAAAAUUCGCUAUGAGAAACGCCUUAAAGCUUUAAAAGCCUUAAAAAUAAUAGAUCGAAGGCUCUUUGAAAGCGCUUUGGCUCCCGAUCUCUCCCCUUUCCCCUUAACUCGUUCGCAUCCUACGGAUACACCUUCUAAAGAUUUAGUAAAACUUUACUAAAAGAAAACUUUACGAUAGUAGCCUAGAAACAUAAAGCAAUCCUUGCUCUACAAAAGAGUGUACUUGCUAUUGGAAGGUCCCCAAGUUAUGAACCAUUAGCACUCUAGACAAAAAGAAGUACCUCGACAGCUGGCAAUGUUCUUUAAAGGAAUGAAGGGACGUAUUUCUUUGUGGUCGAAGCAAUAGCUAAGGCUCCGCGCUCAAAAGUUUAUAAAGCCAGAACAUGUGAGGCAUCGAUAAGGAUCAUUACUUUUCCUUUUA